GUUUCCAUGGCAGCGUGGCCCAGUCAGGCGCUAAAUCCCCAGGACUGAGAGAGCCCGGAAUAGGCCCGUCCUUCUUUGGUGCCGACAAAUUACCCGGGACUGGGGGUGCCGUGCCCGGCUCCGGGGAGAGCGAGCGAAUGCCAGGCUUCCGAGGCAGAUAGCCAGUGCGAUGUGCGGUGACAGGCGACGAAAUGAUCCACAGAUACAGCCGGAGGCCGCUGUCUACGCCGCCGGAGAUACAAAACUUGUUGCAAUGCAGUGUUGAAAAUCAUCUGCUGCCAGAUAAACCAGAAGAGUUUUCAACACCAUCACCUAUCACCAGUGUCGAAGAUGUUGACUCCACCUGUAGUUGUGAGUCCGAGAUUUCUGAGGACAUCAGUAGCCAACCUUCACAGGAUGAUUUUGGACACCCUUGGUCUGCUGCCAACAGUUACACAGGAACCAGGAUCUCUACUGCCUGCAGCUCUACUUUCUCUUGGGGUGACAAUGAAUUUGAGAAAGCAACCUCCCACCAGGUUCAACAAAUGUUCUGUGAGAUUGAUGAUCUUCUGUUUGAAGAUAAGAAAAGUUCUCGUGUGCAGAAGCUGGAGAAGGAGUGUCAGGAAUGGAAAUGCAGCUUCCCACAUUUUCGAAUUUUGGGGAAACAAAUAGUCCCUCCUGUUGAUGAAGCUUUUUCUUGGCAUCCUGGUCCAGAGCACAUUGCUACUCCUUUGCCAAUUUCCAAUUCAGGCUCUGACGCAGAUGUGACUGAACUUUGUGUUCUUGGUAAGAAAGUGGCCAUCUCCGAUCUUUCUCAAUGCAAAGAUGGUGACUUUAUGCAGAAGAUUGCCAUGUUUCCUGGGGAAGAAGAUGAAGAGGCAGAGAAUGGCGUGAUUGUUACUGAAGGCAUUGUUGAGGAAUACCUAGCAGUUGAUCACCGAGAGUUGGAAGGUGACUGUGAGAAGUUGGCCCCUACUUUGCAAAAUGAAAGCAGACUGGGGCUACCUCCAGUGUCUUCGAGUCACUGCAGGAGAAAUAUAAUCGUGGCAGAGCUCUUUGAUGAGGUGUGGCUGGAAGUCCUGGGUUGCAUGGAGGAGCUGAUCCGGAAGCACUGGGAAGGGCAUGUUUCAGAUGAAGAGAAGAGUACUGCCUCAGAUGAAAGUGCAGGAAUCGAGCCCAAAAAUUUGUUCUUGCCUCUUGAAUUGCAGCCAUCACAAGAUCAAGUGCCAGCUUUGAGCUCUUAUUUAACAAAAUCUCAGCGGUUUGAUUCAACUGAGUGGCUUGCUGUGCAACUCCAGAAGGCAUUUAAGAAUCAACCACGAUGGUGUGGAUCUGGAGUCACAUAUAGGUCAGAUGAGGUUCAACAAGCACACAUUGAAGCAGUACAGAACAGGCCAAGUAGUUUGCAGAUCCAAGUGAUUCCCUUUCAUCAGCGAAACACUUCGUUGUCUGGGAAGAUUCAAGAUCAAGAUGAGAGGCCUGUUCUGCGACCACGUUCAAGUAUCAUCUCUUCAAACCAUUUUCGAGCAAACCAUCUAUUGCAACCUAGCGUUUGCUCCGUGUCCUACCCAGUUCCUUCUGCAAGACGACGCAAUCCUCCUCGGACACUGCACCCAAUACAUUCCAGUUUAUCUCAUUCUGGAACUCUGGCUGGAUCCAUUGAUGAAGUGGUGCAGAGUGUACAGUUACAAACAGCAAGUGAUCGUCUCUCUGCCCCAACUCUGCCUCUGAGACACAAUGCCCUGCUUCCACCUAUCGGCAGCGUUGAUGUUGAUCAUUCAGCUGGAAAGUUAACUGACCACAGACCACAGAAAAUGCGAAUGUAUUCAAAUCGGGCUCACAGUGCAGUAAUAGAUGAGACAAGUCAUCUGCCUCCAAGAGACAGAUUUCCGGGACAUGAAUACUUUACCAGGCCCAAAACUUCGCACACCUUCCGGUCAGAUUUUUCUUACCACCGGUCCUUCACUGCUCUGGAAUAUGCUCAUCAGUCACACACUGACAGGAGAUUUGCUGGACCAGAUUCCAAUUCCACUCAAGUGACUGGACUGAAUUUGAGUAGUUCCACUUCCUCUCCCCUCGAAAUGUUGCAACAUCACAGCCACAGUGGGUCACUAAUUGAAACUGAAGAGAAGGUGGAGGAGCAGACAUCACUGGGUCACCGCCUACCGCUUCCCAUCCCACCUAAUAUUCGUGGAGGCAUUGGCUCGAGAAGCAGGACUGCGUUAUAGAAAACAAUGGAACGGAGCUUAAUGGAAUCAAGAGGCUACCCCACCCAUCCUAGUGAAUGAUGUCUGGACCAAAGCAAGUUGUUAUUUGCACAAUCCAGGAACAUAGCCAGCAAGCAGCACACCCUCUCGUUCUAGCUGACUGGUUUUAUUCAGAGCAAUGACUGAUAUAAAAUGUCACCAGCCAUCUCUUUAGUUUGAACGCAACAUGAGAGGAAUUUUCAGUUCAUUUGCUGUGACGACCAAGUAGUGAUGAUUUGAUCAAAUUCCUGACUGCUGGUACAGCAAAGCCUUUAUUCAUAGAUUGAUAUUUACCAGGAUAGAAUCGUGUCAGUUUAACCUCCCACGUAGGCCUUUGCUAGCCAUUAGAUUGAUUUCGAAGGAAGCCUUAGGCAGGUGUUGAAGACUUUCUGCCUCCAGUAUCUAUGACUAGUUUGGUGAUAGUUAUGAGAUGCUGGAUUUGCAAUUGGCUAUUGAAGUUACCUUGUACUGAUCUGUAAUGAUGGAGUAAGGGGAUCCCAGGAAUGAGUAGAUUUAAGGGAUCCUGGAACUGUUUUGGAAUGGAUUUCCUGGUAAGUGUGGGAGGUAGGGGUCCUAGACAUGUGUGGGAGGGAGUGCUCAUGGGAACCUGUGGGAGGAAGGGGUACCGGGAACACCUGGUAGACAAGGGACCCAGGAAUAUGCAGGAGUGAGUUUCUGUAAUGUGUGGGAGUCGAAGGUCUUGGGAAUGUGUGCGGGUAGGUGGUCACACUUGAAAUUAGCUUUUGGAAGAUGUUAUCCAGAUUUUGAUUUGUGAGCCUGAAAUUACAGAGAAUGAGAGUGAUGAUCUCUCAGUAUGGACUAGGAGAAUCCUUAGUGAACACGUGACCUCCUGCUUCACAAUUGCACUGUCUGUCUCCCUCUUCUCCCAAACACCAUCAAUGGAGAAUAAAUGUUUGGUUGCUCCGACUUGAGAAUAUGGGUGGAAUUUUUGUGAGUAAGCCCAGUGUGAACAUAACAUUGUCCAUUGGUGUACCAAGAGCUAAGUGACCUGAGGAUAAUACAUUCCUUUCUUCACCCUAUUUCUGCCUUUGGGAAUUAAAGCUCAGAGGCAUCUAUUCAAACAAGUUUAUAGAUUUCAGAGUGAUAAUAUACUUGAAUGAUCCACGGGCAGAUCAGAACCACACUGUAACUUUAUGUUCCAAGGCUUACUAUUUCACACUUUAGAGAAUCUUGUGUUCUAAGUCGACAUUAAAACUGCUGAAGGAAACGUUGCUGGUUAGCAACACUGACAGAGAUAUAUUGCAGAGGCUGACUGUUGCUCACCUGACAAGCGGUUCAGCACUGAAGGGUGCAUUCACUUCAAUUAACCAUACAACCCAGUACUGAUCUGCACAGCUUACUAUCACUGAUUUAAGCAGACAUUGUUCACACCACUCCAGAAUUGGAACUAAAGUGUUUCACUGCUGUUGUGUUAAUAGAGACAUACAAAUCGGAGAAAGUCGACUAGUCCCUGGAUCCUGUUCAGCUAAUCAGUAAAAUCAAAGCUGAUCUGUAACCUGAGUCCAUAUACCCAACUUUGCUCCUUAUUUGUUAAUAAAUCUGGAUAAUAAAACUAUUAAUCCUGGUUUAAUAUGAACAAUUGAUCUAAUAUCACUUAGUAUUGCAGAAGGGAAUUCCAAAUUUCUUCCACUCUGUGUGGAAAAGUGUUUCCUAGUCUUACUCCUGAAAUACCCAGCUCUAAUUUUUAGGAAAUAGACUCCCCCUUGUCCACUUUUAUCUAUUUUCUUUAAUAACUUGAUCAGCUCAAAUCACCCUGAAAGUCUCUGAAUUCUGGACAAGAGAAUUCCACUUUAAGGAUUCUCUUUUCAUAAUUAGCAAUCCCAGUAUCAUUCAGUUAAAUCUAUCCUCUACGUCCUCCUAAGCCAAAAAAGUCUUUCUUGAAGUCUGGUGACCAGCACCAUUCUUAGUACUUGAGACAUCAUCUGACCAGGACAUUUUAACCUGUCAGUGGAUCUUUGCUUCGUUUAAAUAGUGGAUAACUUUGCCAAAAUAAACCUUUGAAGUUUUCAGUGUGAAGCAUUAGAAUGUCAAAUUACUACCACAAGAAUACUGAAUUCUUAUUUUAAUACAUUCAAAAUAAAAUCCUACCUCCAUAUUAAUACCAUUUCCCCUUGACUGUUGCUCAGAUCAUAAUUGCACAUGAAUCCAAUUCACUCACCUUCCAACACUUUACAUUGGAUUUUAGUAGGAUUAUUACUGAUUUUUAGGAAUAGAAGCACUAGGAACACGAGUAAACAAUUCAGCCCCUCGAACCUGCUCCACCAUUCAAUAUAAUCAUGGCUGAUCUCAUCGCAACCUUAACUCCAUUUUCCUCUCUGGUUUCAAUCACCCUUCAACCCAUUACUCAUUAAAUGUCUAUUUCCUCCCUUUCCUUGUUCUCUUAUCAUCAGCUUGCUGUACUUGUGAUUUGAGAGACCAGCCAGCUGUGCAGUUUAUGUUUUCUGCAAUUGAGUUCACUAAGUGACAGUCUGGGUCAUCUAAUUACCUUUACAGUUCUCUAUACUGUGCCAUUUCUCCUGUGCUCUGUAUUUUCGCCAGAGUUAAAAAUUACUUUGGACUCCCAUUAGCUUCUUGUCAACCACAGCUAAGUCAGCCUGGGAUAGAGAUACACCAUACCUAUACAUUCAGCUGACAAUACUCAGUGGUGUGAAGCAUUUCAGAUUGAGCUGAAAACCUGCUCUCUCGAUCCUUCCCUCCCCCAAAUAAUGCUCAAUGUCCAAAGAUGAUCUGCAAGGUCUUUGUUGGAUCGAAUUCCACUCCAUCUUCACCCUUCUCCUCCAUGUCUAGAUUGCCAUCCUUCCAAAUGUACUCUUUCCCUUCCACUUCCUGCACACCUUCUGUCUCCAACCUUCCAUCUCUAGCUCUUCCACUUCACCCACUUCUCUAAUCCUCUAAUGCCCUUCUCCACUUCAGCAAUGCUUUUCUCUAUUCCCAACCCAUCCACAACCACAUACAAUGAACAAUUGCCAUCUCCUUCCCAUGUUUCUUCAUCCAACAGCUUUGCUGAUGAUAUUUUUUAACAGCAUUCUAGCCACAGAUUUGGUGGUUAACAAUCACAUUUUUUCAACCAAUGUUGUGUUCAGAGUGUGGGAGAAUAGCUCAGGAGCUCAAGACAUUUCUGACAGUCACUGCUUGUUGAUAUCUGAGAGUUGAUCUGGAGAGGAUCAGAUGAUUGAUUUAUUCAUUGAUCAGAGGUCAGAGGAUUGUAACAAUCGCACAAUAGUUCUGCCUCAGGUUGGGAUCCAUUUAAAUCUUAUGCAUGUGUUGGGAGGGUACAGACUGGGGUAUGUGUAAUGGGUCGAUAAGAUAUUGUACUGAACAGAUUACAGAUUCAUUUUAAGGAAAUCUAAAGUCUGUUUUAUUGCUGCCGUGAAGAUUCAAAUACUAUUUUUGGUGUUAUUAAUGUUUUGUAAAUUUAUAUGCCAGAAUUUUUAUAAAUAUACUUUAGUUUUGAUUAUACAAUAAAAUUUAUGCUAA